AUGCAGCGUAAUGGAACUUUGGUCACAGAGUUUUACCUGCAGGGCUUCAUAGUUGCUCCAGUUAUGGAAUAUCUCCUAUUUGCGAUUAUCUUGGUGAUCUACAUAACAGGGGUGGUGAUCAAUAGUUCUAUCAUUGCCGUGGUAAGGACUGAUCAGAGCCUCCAUAAGCCCAUGUACUUCUUUAUCAGUGUAUUCUCCUUCUUGGAGGUCUGGUAUCCCACAAUUACGGUUCCCGGAUUAUUGCGAAGUUUGCUGCCAAAACUUAAAGGGAUAUCUGUUGGGUGCUGCAUAGCUCAGUUCUAUUUACACUUUUCUUUGGGGGCCACAGAAAACUUCCUCCUCGUGGUCAUGGCUUUUGACCGUUACGUGGCCAUUUGCCGGCCUUUACAUUACGUCUUCAUUAUGGGGCCCAGGAUUUGUGUACGAUGUGCCCUGGGGGCGUGGAUUGGGGGUUUCUUAAGUGUUACAUUAGUAUUGGUGCAAAUUUCAAAGGUGACAUUUUGUGGCCCUAAUGUGGUUGACCAUUAUUAUUGUGACUUUGCACCUUUAAUACGACUCGGAUGUUCUGAGACCUCCAGUCUGGAGACCCUUUUCAUGGUCUCUUGUGGCCUGGUAAUAAUAAUCUGUUUCCUGCUCAUUCUCCUAUCCUAUAUCUACAUUCUGAGAACGAUUCUGGUGAUGCCGACAUCCUCAGGCCAACCCAAAGCCUUCUACACUUGUGCCUCCCACCUUACCGUGGUCCUCAUAUUUUAUGGAACAACCACUUUCAUGUUUGUGCGACCAACGAGAGAAAGUGACCUUCACACCAAUAAGAUUGUCUCCGUAUUCCCAUCGGUGGUGACCCCGGUACUGAAUCCAAUUAUCUACACCCUGCGCAACCACGAGGUGAAGUCUGCAAUAUGGAGAACCAUCCGUUGUGUUUAA